AUGGCCCCAGACUUGACUUCUACCUCCCCAUCUACGUCUACUUCAAUUUCCCCUAGUACCUCACUUGAUCCUUCCCAUCCUUUAUAUCUACAUGCAUCAGAUAAUCCGAGAGUUACACUGGUGUCUGUCCCUUUCUCUAGUACUGGGUAUGUAUCUUGGAGAAAAAAUAUUCUUAUUGAUCUGUCUGCUAAGAACAAGGCUGAGAUGGUUAAUGGGAGAAUCACUCAGCCACCUCCUGACUCUCCUUUAUAUGACCAUUGUCUAAGAUGCAAUGAUAUGGUCUUUGCAUGGUUGAGUAACUCAGUGUCUAGGGAUAUUGCUGACAGUGUACUUUAUUGUGACACUGCAAGAGAUCUUUGGAAGGAUAUAGAAGAGAGAUAUGGUCAGUCUAAUGCUAGUAGGUACUACCAAAUCCAAAGAGAGAUUACUGGAGUCUCUCGGGGUUCUACUGAUAUUUCUAGCUAUUAUACUAGGUUAAGAAAACUAUGGGAUGAGUUAAAGACUGCUUCGUUUGGUCCAGCUUGCACUUGUGGAGCAAAACCACAGUGCAGUGAAGGAUAA